AGUGGAAUUUAAAAACUUUUUUGAAAUAUUUGAUUCCGUUUGGGCGCCACACCGUUUUGUCUGCUGUAGUAUGCGUCAGGGACGAGAUCGAAGCCCACAAAACGCACACAGGCAACAUAUAAACACAACAGGCGGCGCAGCGGAUGACUCGAGAAAGGCCUUCGUCAUGGCUUCAAAUCACCAGAGUGCGGUCAAGCGGGACGAAAAGGGGAGAAACAUUCAAGUCGUCGUCAGAUGCAGACCUUUCAACAUGGUGGAGCGCAAGUCGUCACACAACGUGAUUGACUGCGAUCCGAACAGGAAGGAAGUUCUGGUGAGGACGGCAGGUGUUAAUGACAAGGCGUCCAGGAAGAUGUACACCUUCGAUAUGGUGUUUGGACCCGCCGCCAAGCAGAUUGAUGUCUAUCGGAGCGUGGUGUGUCCCAUCUUGGAUGAGGUCAUCAUGGGUUACAACUGCACCAUAUUUGCUUACGGGCAGACGGGCACAGGGAAGACAUUCACGAUGGAGGGAGAACGAAGUCCAGGCGAGGUGUUCACCUGGGAGGAGGACCCGCUGGCUGGGAUCAUUCCCAGAACCCUCCACCAGAUCUUCGAGAAGCUGUCCAGGAACGGCACCGAAUUCUCAGUCAAAGUCUCGUUGUUGGAAAUCUACAACGAAGAGCUCUUUGACCUGCUCAGCCCAAGUGAGGACGUCACCGAGCGGCUGCAGCUCUUUGACGACCCAAGGAACAAGCGCGGCAUGGUUGUCAGAGGUCUGGAGGAGGUGACGGUCCACAACAAAGAUGAGGUCUACCUGAUCCUCGAGAGAGGAUCCGCCAAGAGGAGGACGGCCUCCACGCUCAUGAACGCCUACUCCAGCCGCUCGCAUUCGGUCUUCUCGGUCACCAUCCACAUGAAGGAGACGACGUUGGACGGCGAGGAGCUGGUCAAGAUCGGCAAACUCAACCUGGUGGACCUGGCGGGCAGCGAGAACAUCGGGCGCUCCGGCGCGGUGGACAAGCGGGCGAGGGAGGCGGGAAGCAUCAACCAGUCCCUCCUGACGUUGGGCCGCGUCAUCACGGCUCUCGUGGAGAAGAGACCUCACGUCCCGUACAGAGAGUCAAAGCUGACGCGCAUUCUGCAAGACUCGCUGGGGGGGCGAACAAAGACCUCCAUCAUCGCCACCGUGUCGCCGUCCUCCAGUAACCUUGAGGAGACGCUGAGCACGCUGGACUACGCCAGCAGGGCCAAGAACAUCAUGAACAAGCCCGAGGUGAACCAGAAGCUCACAAAGAGGACGCUCAUCAAGGAAUACACGGAGGAGAUUGAGCGUCUCAAGCGAGACCUGGCGGCCGCCAGGGACAAAAACGGCGUCUACCUGUCAACGGAGAACUACACGAGCAUGAUGGAACAGAUCACCGCCAACAACGAAAUCAUCCUGGAGUACACCGAACGCAUCGCCGUCUUGGAGGAAGAGCUGAAGAAGGUCGGCGACCUGUUUGUGGACAGUAAAGACAAACUGGAGCACUGCGUCUCGGACCUGUUUGAAAACCGAGAGAGACUGGAGGAAACCAGCCGGGACCUGGAGGCCACCAAAGACAAGCUGGCCGAGGAGGAGUUUGUCAGUGGGGAAUUGCGCGCGGCCCAGGAGAAUCUCUACAGCGCCGCCACGCAGCUGCUGAACACGGCGGACGCCAGCACCAGCGACGUCUUGGGUCUGCACGCCAAGCUGGACAGGAAGAAGCUGGUGGAGCAGCACAACGUGACAGCCCAGCAGAGCUUCGCCGAGCGCAUGGCGGCGGCCUUGGGCGGUGUGCAGCGCGGCGUCCAGCAGCAAGGCGACAAGCAUCGACACGACCUCGGCAGCUAUUCGCGGGCCGUCGACGGCGUUGUGGCGGGCAGCGAGGCGGCGCUGACCCGCGCUGUGAGCGGCGUGGAGGCCCUGGUGGCCGGCGUGGGGCGGCUGCUGGGCGAGGGGGUGGCCCGCCGGCAGGAGCGCGUGCGGCGCCACUGCCAACUCGGCCAGCGCGACCGGGAGACCAUGAAGGAGCUUCUGGAAGAGCACCAGCGGGACAUGGAAGAGGUCCUCCAGGUUCAGACUCUGAUGGGUUUUUCGGUGCUCCAAGAGCUGAGCGCCUCCCUCAGGUCCAACGCGGAAGCGCAGCGAGCCCUGGCCGACGAGGUGGAGGCCAUGAAGGAGACGGGCGAGUUCUUCAGCGGCCUGGUCGGAGACCUCGCGGCUCUGCGAGAGGCCGCCGUGCGGGACGUGAACGUCCUGCUGGACCAACGGGACCAGCUGGAGGAGAAGAUCCGAAAAGCUCAGGAGAAUAACCAGCAGAGAACCAAGCAGACCAUCCAGAUGUUGCAGGCGCAGCUCAACCUGCUGUCCACGGAGGCACACGAGGACUGCGAGAAGCUGCGCUCGUUCUCCGGAGUCCUAAAGACGCCCCUUCAUAGCCUUCGAGACCACCUCAGCAGCGGUUGCGAGUCCUUGGAACGUCGGGGCUGCGCCCGGGCGGAUCUUCUGUGCUCCACUUCCUCCUCCCUCGCCUCAACGCUGCGCCGCCACGUGGACGAGAGCCAGCAGACCCGGCAGGAGGCCGACGGUUGCCGUGAGCACCUCCAGCGCGGCGUGUCGGGUUUACUUGGACGAGACCGGGAUUGGCGCUCGGCACUGGAGCGGCGCGCCGACGAACGAGUCCAAGAGCAUCUGUCAUUGGAGGCCGAGGAGUCUGCCGACGCGGAGAUCCUCGUUGAGAGCGUGAAGACGCAUGGCACCGAGCAGCUUCAUACGUUGGAGGCGACACUAAGGGCCCACCAGGAUGAGAUGAAGGAGACCCUGGAGAAGAUGCGCAGCCAAAUCUCCUCGGACGCCGCCUCCCUGGACCGGCGGGAGGCCGACAUCGGCGAGCAGGUGAACGCCGGUCAGCGGCUGGUCCAGAACUUCCUGCAGGAGGAACUGCGCCACGACGUGCCCACCGGUCAGACGCCGCAGAGGCGGGACUUUGUGUACCCGCGCCAGGUGGCCAAGGUGGGGAGCCGCACGGAGAUGCUGGAGAAUCUCAGGAGGCAACAGGACGAGCUGAAGGCCGCCAUCAAAGGCGAGGAGCCAGAGCGUGACUGUGAGUCCGAAGAUGAUGACGACAAAAGCAGCCAGGGCUCCCUGGAGGACGAGCUGAGCACAUGCAACGAGAGCGUGGCCACCGAUGGCUCCUUCAUUGACGAGAACCUGGUCUUCAACGAGACCAAGCGCCUUCCGUUCUUCAAGCAAAAGAAGGCCAGGAAGAAAGAGGACAAGGUCCCGAGCAGGCCCAAAGUGUGCGACAGUGAGGCCGGGACCACCCCGCAAAAGUCCCGACUCCCGCUGCGCUGUCAGAACUAAACGCAUCCGUUUUCCCCGUUUUUGGUUUUUAGGUGCCAGUUAGCAUUGCCUUUUAUGUGUCUGUUUUUUAAGCCGCCAUGUUCAACGUCUUCGCGUUUUGUGAUUAUGCUUUUCAUUAUGAAAUGAGUAACAGUUAUGAUGAAUAAAAGUAAUUUCAAAACUGA